AUGGCGAGCGCCUGGCUGGCCCGCGUGCGGCGCCUCAACGCCCAUAACCUGACGACAUUUCGAGAUGCGCCCCUGGCCGAGAUAUCCGGCUCUCUGGGCGAUUUGGGCACCCUGCUUCCCCUGAUGAUCGCCCUCGCGGCCAAGGGGUACAUCGACCUGGGCUCGACGCUCGUCUUUACUGGCGGCUUCAACGUCCUCACCGGAGUUGUCUUUGGCAUCCCCUUGCCCGUGCAGCCCAUGAAGGCCAUCGCCGCGGCCGCCAUCUCGGCGCGCGAGAAUCCGUCCAUGAGCGUCGUUGUCGCGGCUGGACAAUGGGUUGGCGCGGCAGUUCUUCUCAUGAGCGUGACGGGCUUACUGCGAACAGCCGUAGCCGUCGUGCCCAUCCCCGUGGUCAAGGGGAUCCAACUCGGGGCGGGCCUCUCCCUCAUCAUCGGCGCUGGCUCGUCGCUGCUGCAGCCCCUUCACUGGGUCCAUCCCGUGCUGGAUAACCGCAUAUGGGCUCUGGUGGCAUUCCUCGUUCUGGUUUUUACGCAGAACAUGCCUCGCUUCCCUUACGCCUUGAGCUUCUUCCUCCUGGCUCUUGUGCUGGCCCUCGUCCAGGUGCUCGUCUCCCAUCAGAGCUUGCCGUGGUUCCAUGUGUGGCACCCGCACUUUGUGCUUCCCUCAUGGGUCGGAAGCGGAGACGCCCCGGCCUUGUGGAUGGCCAUAGGGCAGCUUCCCCUGACGACGCUCAACUCCAUCAUUGCGGUGAGUGCGUUGGCUGCUGACCUGCUCCCGGACCUGCCAACCCCGUCCGUCACCUCCAUAGGCCUGAGCGUGGCGCUCAUGAACCUCACCGGCACGUGGUUCGGAGCCAUGCCAGUCUGUCACGGCGCUGGAGGACUUGCCGCUCAAUAUCGCUUCGGCGCACGCAGCGGAGCCAGCGUGAUCCUGCUGGGGCUGUUGAAGAUCUUUCUGGGGCUGUUGUUUGGGAAGACACUCGUCAAUCUGUUGACGCAAUAUCCAAAGAGCCUGCUCGGUGUCAUGGUGGUGGCUGCCGGGUUGGAGUUGGCCAAAGUCGGCCACACCUUGAACCAAGGAGCCCCUGAUCUCUGGCAUGUGUCUGCUAGUCACGGGGGCCAUGAGGCAGGCUUGAGGCAGCAUCGGCAUCUAUCAGAUGAAGAGCGCCUCGAAAGAUGGACAGUCAUGCUGGUUACAACGGCCGGCCUCCUCGCAUUCAGGAAUGAUGCGGUUGGCUUCUUGGCCGGCAUGCUUUGCCACAGCUCUUACAGACUCUCGGAACGGUUCACGAGCUGGAAAAGCCGUCAGUCUAUCAUCUCGAGCGAGCGUUCACCAUUGCUAUGA